GUGGGUCACGUCAGUCACGCUAACCUAAGUGUGCGAGCAGUUUCAUGGAGAGAUUAACUUUGCCACAAAAGGCACGGUUCUUCUAUCUAAAGUUAAAAAUAGAAAUUUCCAAAGAAGUUGAUGAAAGAUCAGUUGAGAUUGAUGCAGUGACAUUUAAGAGUAUUCUGAUACAAACUCUUGACGCUUUACAUGGCAAGGUAGGCUCUGCCAUCAGUGUUGACAUCAUCAAGUUUGAAGCUAGCUUAAAGGAAGCCAUACUAAGAGUAAAAGAGAGUGGGUUGGUGAAGUUGUGGAGUGCUUUAACUCUGUUGAGUUACUAUAAGGAUAAAAGAUGUGCAAUUUAUGUAAUUCAGGUCUCUCCUUAUUUGCUGAGCUUAGGAGCUGAUAGCAGACAGUGGAAGAUAAAUGAAAAAGAAGUAACCAGUUGAUGAAGUUAGAGCUUCAUCAUUCAACACCUCAAAUCUACGGGGUCCUUUGGCAGCUUGUUAGGGUGAUAUCAAGCCAAGCUGACCACGAGCCUGUCAUUGCCAGAUGUGAAUGAAAAGGAGCAGUGAACAAUGAAAUUGCUUGAUAACUACCUUUUUCAAAGACGUCUUCUGCUGAAAAACCAGUUAGACAGGCAAAGAAGCAGUAGUGAAAAAAAAAAGUGGUUGAGGUUAUUCUCAUUUCCAUGGUUCCACCUUCCUCAUUCUCCAGACUUUGAAAGCCUGAUGUGGAGGCUGAUGAAAUUUAGAGUUAACAACUGAAUAUUUGAAUAAAGAGUAUUUACAGUG